GCCGGAUUGUAAAAGCGAUGUCUGAGGGCGUCCUGGCGGGAAUGGUACGGCCGAGCGCGCCCCCCGCCUGCUCCCCUCGCAGCCGAGGUGAGGGCGCGGAGCCCCUCCCGGCCGUGGGAGGAUGGAGGUGAGCGUCCUGGCUCUGCGGAACCUGGCGAGCGGCCGGCCGGGGCGGCGGGGCCGCGCUGAGGCUGCCGCCCAGAAGGAAAACAUAUUUGAUCGAUCCAGGAUGGCCCCAAAGACUCCCAUUAAGAAUGAACCAGUUGAUUUAUCAAAGCAAAAAGGCUGCACCCCGGAAAGAAAUCCAAUUACACCUGUUAAGCUCAUUGACAGACCUCAGCCAGAUCCCUGGACUCCCACUGCUAACCUGAAGAUGCUUAUUAGUGCUGCUAGCCCUGACAUGAGGGACCGAGAAAAGAAGAAAGAGCUCUUCAGACCCAUAGAAAACAGUGAGCAGAGUGGCACACCUGAUUUGUUACAGUAUGAUAUGGUAGACGACAGCACGGUUGAUGAAUUUGAAAAGCAGAGGCCCAGCAGAAAACAGAAAAGCUUAGGACUCUUGUGCCAAAAAUUUCUAGCUCGCUAUCCAAGUUAUCCGUUGUCAACAGAAAAAACUACUAUUUCUUUGGAUGAAGUGGCUUCAAUUCUUGGAGUUGAACGGAGACGAAUUUAUGAUAUAGUGAAUGUCCUGGAGUCAUUGCACUUGGUUAGCCGUGUGGCCAAGAACCAGUACUGCUGGCAUGGCCGGCACAACCUCAGUCAAACUCUGAAAACACUUCAGGAAGCAGGAGAGCUGCAGUAUGGAGAGCUAAUGACCGUCUUCCAGCACAAGGAGCAGGACCUGGAGUACAAAUUUGGAGAACAGAAAAAGGAAACUAUUGCAGAUUCUCAAGACAGACCCUUAAUGGACUUUUCAGAACCAGAUUGCACCUCUGCAUCUGCAAACAGCAGAAAGGACAAGUCGUUGCGGAUUAUGAGCCAAAAGUUUGUCAUGCUGUUCCUUGUCUCCAAGACCAAGAUAGUCACUCUGGACAUCGCAGCAAAGAUACUGAUAGAAGAAACCCAGGACACAGUGGACCACAGCAAGUUUAAAACAAAGGUACGAAGACUGUAUGAUAUUGCCAAUGUUCUCACCAGCCUAGGCUUGAUCAAGAAAGUUCAUGUCACAGAGGAAAGAGGACGCAAACCAGCCUUCAAGUGGAUUGGGCCUGUGGAAUUCCCUGGCAAGACCACUAACUUGGAUAUGCUCAGAGGGCAUAGCCCGACAUCUGAUCCUCUGCCAGGGACACAAGGAGCCUGUGUCCCAUAUCAGAGCUGUGCCACUGGAAGACAAAGGUUUACACAUCACACUUCAUUUAACAGCACACGGUCUUGUGAAGAGACCAGAAGGAAGGUCAGUUCUGAGCCCAGCAGCCCACAUCAAGAGAGGCAAGCCUAUAUUAUGAAUUCAGAUGAAUAUUGCUCCAAAAUGAUAAAUCCAGCAGCUAUCUGCAGGCAGAAAAUAGAGGAAGAUACUAGGAAUGAAGCUGGUGCUGCAGAAACAAUAUUAAAAUCAACAAGGAACCCAAGCGUAGCCUCACCCCUCUCCCUUCUUUCAGUUCCUGGGGACUCUGAAUUUUGUGUUAACCCUUUGCCUCAGGCAGUUUUCCCUGUGGUUCAGACAGAUGUGCCAAGCCUCUCACUGCCACAUGGCAUCAGCAGCCAAGCUCCACAUCCUUCCACACUAGCAGCCUCCAAAACAGAAAAUGGAAAACCUGCCUUGCUCCCUAACCAACCGUUCCUGUGCUUUCCAUCUUCAUCCCUUUUUAUGUUGUGUGGUGGUCUUCAGGAAAAUAACUUGAGGGAGAGCCUGCCCAGUGCAGGAGAUGUGGGAAACAGGAAUGCAGAAGCUCAGGCUGCCAUACCUUCAGCUGUCUGCCAGAAACGCAGCUCCCACAAGUGUGCAUCACCCUCUGCACCUGUAGAUGAUGAAGAGCCAGCUGCUAAAAAGCAGACCAUGGAACAGAGGGAUCUGCCUCUCUCACUUGUGGUAUCCAAGAAGCCUUUAGAGUCACCCAAGGCUGAAUCUACCCCAAGAAGUGGCUGUACCUCUGCUGUACAUCUAGAAGCUUUUCGUCUUGACCUCACAAGUCCUGCUGCUCCAGAGGCUUCAAACAAGGAGCCUAAUAAGCCGUUAGAUUCUCAGGAGCAACAAAAAGGGUCUCAGAAUAAAGACCCUGAUGAACCCUCUCCAGGAAAAGCGCACAUCUCUACGGAAAGCACCAAUCAACCUUUCCUACCACAGUAUCUCUAUGUUCAAUCUAUUCCUGGAUUGAGCAGUUUUAAUUUCCUGCUCCCUGCAAACCAAGCCCCUGGUGCCAUCAAUCUCGCUGCAAACCAGUUACCUUCUCUGAGCGUCCCCUGUGUCAUGCUGCCAUCAGCAGCCUUGGCUUCCUUCCCUCUUGUUUGUUCUCCCACAAUCACCAGUCCUCUUCCCACAGUUCCCGAUGCCUCCUUUUCAGCUGCCACCUCCAUGAGUUUCAGCACGUCCAGCCUGGCAUCAACAGCACCUGUUUUCAUAGGCACCACGGCAGUGGUCACCCCAAAGGUCUCACCUGCGCCUUCAAUGGAUCCUCAGCAACCAGCUCACCCUGCUCAGCACCUGAGUCCUGCGCUCCCAAGAUCUUGUGGUGCUGUUAAACUGGACUCCCAUGUGUGUAUGGGGCAUCCAGUGAACCUUCUGAAGCUGCAGCAGCCUUCAUCAGCUCCCCUCACUCCCAAGAACAUUCGUCCUGUUCAUCAUGAGGCAUUUUUCAAAACUCCUGGAAGUCUUGGAGACCCUGUUGCAUGGAAGAAAAAUGAAGGCAACCAGACCAGAAAUGCCAGCUCUGUGCAGAGGAGACUGGAAAUCUCUAGUUCCAGCCCUGACUAACUCCACUCAUUGCAAAGAGUGGGCAGAUUGUCCUGGGACUCUGUAUCUAUUACAAGAGAUCAAGCUCUUGACAAGAGGAGUGUGUUAAAAUGUCAUCCCUUUUGGUAUGCUUCCCCAUUAUCUAUUCACGCACCGGUUCUGUUAGCCACCUUCUUCACAAAUCAUCCUUGGUACUGAAACCCUUUUACUGAGUUUUUCCUUCAGUACUGACUUGAAUUCAGAUGUUUCACAUGCCCUUGUGGGCAUCAAACUGUAUUUGUGGUUUUAAUUUGGGAAACUUUAUUGCUGUCAGGAGAUGCAAACAGAUUUCCUUGGCAUCCCCAGGGGUUCUUUAUUCAUGGUUUGAAGUGAGAUGUCUAGCACUUAUCUGGGGUAAGCAUUUUUUUUUUUUUUUUUGCAUGUUCUCUACUUACCCUGAGUAAAUCUGUGGUAAAAGUGAUAAAGUUCUGCAGUUGUGAGAGCAACUGCUUCCUCAGUUCCAAUCUGUCAAAUCCUGCCUCCGCAGUGCAGCCUCUUGCUAUUUAUUUUGUACAUUGGAGUGGGAUUUAGUGGAAAAAAGUCUUUUUUUUUCAGGUUCAGAAUAACAGAUUUUCUCAGGGUAGGAUUACUUGAAUGUCAGUUGGUUGGUGUACAAUUUGCCCAGCACUUGUGGUUAGAAAAACCUAAUAAUAACACAGUAUGGUUGAAUGUAUACAUGUGAAAAAAUAUUAAGACCAAAAUAACUGUGAAUGUUAACAUGUUUAUAUUUGUGUUAAUGAACUGUAGUAGUCCUUAGGUUUUGGUUUUUGGUUCUUUUUUCUUCUACUCUGAGCAAAAUGUACAAGUUAAAUGUAAAAAAUACAAAACCUGAUUCCUUAAUUACAUUUGACAUUGACAAGCCACUGAGAGGGCUGUGCUAAGAUUUCAUCUCCCGUUUAAAUAUAUAGUCUAGAUUUUAUGACCAGGAAACACUGGUAAAUCAUUAACCACAUGAUUAGAUUCAGUCUAACCUGAGUCUGCUUAAGUGCCUACUUAGUUGUUUACUUAAGUCUACUUAAGGGGUAUGUACUUCAGUGCCUAACACCUCACUUACAGAAAUUUUGUAACUAGUUACUAGUGUAUUUGAGCAUACUUGGAAGACAAGGGAGAUCUUAUUUUUUGGCACGUAUUUAUUUAAACCAUAAAAAGGAACUGAAAAGAGCAGGAAUCUUGAAUUUGGGAAAUGAUAAAAAAAGCCAUCUGUAUUCCUAAACAGAAAAUAAAGAGGAAGAAACAUCUCUCAGCCAAUAUUCAGAGUCAUCAAAUAAUGGAUGGUGCUAUU